AUGGACGCCGCUCGACAAGUCCGCGGCUUGAGCAGCCAUGAUCGACUGAUGCGGAUGCUGUCGCCCGCGGUUCGGACCUCGCUGGCGGUGAUCAACUGGCUUUGCGCGCCUUUCACCGUGCACCCUUCGGCAACCGUGCUGCCUAUCGGUGCGCCGGAUAUGCCUGCGACCCCCAUCCGAGAGGUCGAAGCUGCCCUUUCUGAGCUGGACCAAAAAAAGCAGGAGUGGGUGGCUCUGUCAGCAGAUGAAAGGGCUGACCUUGUGCAGCUGUGCUUGGACAAGGUUGUCGACGUUGCCAGGGAAGCUUCUCUGGCUGGGGUGGCUGCCCAUGGGUCCUACGGUACAGGGCUGACCGGAGAGGAGAUGAUGAACUGGACGCCAGUAGUGAUGGGAAUGAGUGACUUUGUGCGUUCAUUGCGCGCGCAUGGCCAACCUGCGCCCAUUGCAUUGUGGCAGCGGCCGAAUGGACAGUAUGCUGCCGAGGUCUUCCCACAAGGGAUGAUGGAAUGCCUGUUCCCUGGAGCAAGAGGUGAGGUGUGGAUCCAGCAAGGGAAGGAACCCACACAGGGCAGGCUGUACAGAGACAAGAAUUCGACUGACAAGACGAAAUCAGGAGCAGUGGGCCUUGUGCUAGGCGCUGGAAACCAUGUGAACAUAGUCAUUGCCGACAUUCUUCACAUGUUGCUGGUCGAGGACCAGGUUGUCAUAGUGAAAAUGAACCCAGUGAAUGCUUUUUAUGGUCCCUAUGUAGAGAAGGCCUUGAGCGCGUUCCACAGCCGCGGGUUUGUCAAGAUCGUCUAUGGAGGUGCUGAUGUGGGCUCCUUCCUCUGCAAGAGCCCGAUGAUUGCGGCGGUGCACCUGACUGGUGCGGAGCAAACGUUCAAUGCAAUCGUUUGGGGUGGCCAGCCGGGUGCCGGCAAGAAGCCCUUGGACAAGAUCGUCAGCGGAGAGCUGGGGUGCAUAACGCCUUGCAUAGUAUUCCCAGGGCAAUGGAGUGAAAGCGACCUCAAGAGACAGGCGCACAGCGUUGCCGCGGGAAUGAUUGGAAACUGCUCUCACAAUUGCUGUGCUCACGAGAUAAUCGUCACGUCCAAAGACUGGCCCCAGCGAGCCUCCUUCAUUUCCCAUUUACGGGCUGCCCUGGCAAAGGCUCCGCGGAGGGUGGCGUGGUACCCCCGCAGCAGGGAGCACUACCAGAAAUUCUUCGAAGAAUUCCCCGGUGCGGAGAAACUGGGGACAGGGGGUUCGGGACAGGAGGACGACCCAACGUCCCCCUGGGGCUUUGCAUCCGGGUUGUCUCCAGAAGAAGCGCAGACGAAGAGAGAAAACUGGUGUGGCGUCCUUCAGGAAGUGUGCUUGCCGGACUGUGGCAAAGACAUCGACAAGUUCUGCACCGAGGCCGUGUCGUUUGCCAACGACAGAUGCUGGGGCACCCUGUCGUGUUCUAUGAUGGUGCAUCCUGGAACACAGCGCGACUCCCAGCAUGUGGUUGAUCGUGCUCUUGAGGGCCUUAAGUACGGCACGAUCGUCGUCAAUGGACCUGCGUACACAGGAUUUGGCGUCAUGCCGUUGACUUGGGGAGCAUACCCAGGAAACACUCUCGAGAGCAUUGGCUCCGGCAAUUGCUUCGUCCACAACACGUAUCUCUUCGACCACCCCGAAAAGAGCGUGUUGCGCAUGCCAUGGGUGGCUCUCCCGAAGCCCUACUGGUCCCACUCCUUUUCCAACUUGGAAAAGACGAUGGAUGCCGCGUUGAGGUUCAUGGCCCGCCCCAGCGUUGUCAACCUGUCGAAGGUCAUUCUGCCUGCCUGCCGCUCAACAAUGUGA